AUGGCGACUGCAGGUCCCAAACAGAGCUCCAUUCCGUUCAGCACACACGCCCGCGGCGUGCCGCUCUUUGACAAGAGCCGAUUCUUCGACCUGCCGCGGCAUGUUGCCCGCAUGCUGCUGGACUUCCGCGACAUCAGCUCCGCCCUUUUCUGGUUCCUGUCCUGCCAGACCUGGCUCACCCUCUGGUCUUUCCUGAUCACGCUCAUCUCAGUGUGCUUCUUCUCAUUCUUCGAGAACAACGGAAAGAAGCUGGCAGCGCAGCUGGACUGGGUCCUGAUCUGCUCCGUAGCCGUCCUCCCCACGGUGGGCUUCCUGUGGAUCGCCUAUCUGCGACGGGAGCGUGCGCUGGACGAGCUGGCCAAGGCCAAAGUGCUGAUGAUGGGCAUCUUCGUGGCACACAGGGACUGGGUGGCGGAAGGGGUGCGUCCAACCAACCAUAUGGCAAUUGUGCAGGAGGCGCUGGCCAUGAUUGUGGAUGCCAUGCAUGCUUACUUCCUUCCCGUACGCUUUUACAGCCGGUACUACCCCUACAUGGGCUUCCGGAGUGCUAUGGUGCACAUCGCUUUGGAGCGCACGCGGCAGCUCCAUCACCGCAACCAGAAGCUGCAUUUGAGCAUUCAGCGCAUGGCAAACAUCAAGGAGUUUAGGACGCCGCAGCUGCAAAUGGCGGUCACUGGCCUAGUCAACGUCACCAUUUCGUUAGAAGGUGCAUGA